UGAGAAUACAGUAAAAAUUAAAUUUUCAAGCUUUCUCCCCAUAAAAAAUGAUUAAUGGAGGAAUUCCGGACCGACAAAAAUUUGCUCUCAGAACCUGGUGGAAAAAUCGCUCGAGAAGCGAAAAGAAAAUUGCGAUUGUGAGCAUUGUUUCAGUUACUGCGUUAUCAUUAUUUCUACUAAUUUAUUUGUUUUAUUCGGAUGGUCCUAAAGAGUGCACAUCGUCGGUGUGUGCGAAAACUUCGAUGGAGUUGCUUGUGAAGUACAUCGACAUAAAAGCGGAUCCGUGCGAAGAUUUUUAUCGGUUUUCGUGCGGUAAUUUCCUGGAGAACACAGAGUUGGAUGAUCGAGACUCGCGCUCGGUGACUAGUCUUCUCCAGGAGGAUAUUCAAACCGAAAUUAAAAACAUGCUGAAUGAACCGAUCCAGAAAGAAGAUCCUUUAGCUUUCAAUUUAGCAAAAAAAUUUUAUCGAGCUUGCAUGAACGAGAGUGCAAUCGAAGCAGAAGGAUUAAAAAGGAUAAAACAAAUUUUUAACCAAAUAGGCGGAUGGCCUACUCUUAACGGGAAUAAUUGGCGUAAGGAGUUAUUCAAUUGGAAAGAUGCCGUGCCCAAACUCAGGCAGAUGGGAAUUAAUUUCGAAAAUUUCUUCAUUUUAGCACUGCAAAGAGAUAAAAUACAUCCAGAUAAAUACAUUCUAAAUAUAAAAAGCCCCUACUAUCAAAGUCAAAUAAAUAACGAAAUAAAAAACUGGUAUUUAGAAUAUAUGGUGGACGUCGCUGUUCUCAUGGGAGCCGAAGAGGAAAAAGCGAGAAAAGAACAAAGCCAAGUCUUGGAUUUUCUACUCAAAUUAGCUAAAAUUUCUGAAAGGAGCGAAACUAAUCAAACUCAACUCUAUAAUCCCUUAUCCCUGUCGGAAUUACAAUAUGAAUUUUCAGAGAUACGUUGGAAAGAAUAUAUUAACAAUAUUCUAAGGCCCGUCACUGAGAUUACUUAUGACGAUAUUAUAUCCGUCUCAGAGCCUCUUUAUUUGAAAACGCUGCUUCGUCUCCUUAAACACACCGACGAAAGGAUAAUCGCAAAUUUUAUGUGCUGGCAUAUUUUACAAGAUUUGCUCACUUAUUUACCUCAAAAAAUCCUAAAUAAAGCUUACGAUUAUCUCACAAAAGUGACAGGCAAACCUGCACAAACAUCACGAUGGAAUGAAUGCGUCACAGCAACCGAAAAUAGCUUCUCCACUGUUAUUUCUGAAAUUUAUAUCAAAAAAUAUUUGGAUGAGGACACACGAACGCGUGCUAUUUCUAUGAUUCAAAAUAUCAAAUAUCAGUUCAGAGAAAAUCUUUACAAAUUAGAUUGGUUGGAUGCAAAAACCAAAGACAUUGCCUCAGAGAUACUCGUUUCAAGUGUAGAAAACAUCCCAAAUUACAACGACUUUAUUGAAAGAAACAGAAUGUACGAAGAGGUAGAAAUAUUGGAAGAUAAGCUCUUGACGUCAGUCCUAAAUCUGGAUUAUAUGAGUACCAAUAUUCAAUAUGGAAAACUCCGGCAACCUGUAAGAGAGAAUUUUUUCGAAACCCCCGGAUCUGUCACAGGAUUAAAUAUUGUUUACUCGCCAAAGGAAAAUGCUCUGAGAAUACCAAUCUCCUUCUUCCGUGGCAUUUUCUACCAGAAAAACCGGCCCGAGUACCUCAACUAUGGCGCUUUGGGUACCAUUAUAGCCCAUCAAAUGUACCACAUUAUCACCCAAGCCAAAUACAAAGGGCUUGAGGGGGAAGCCCGGAGCUGGUGGUCAUCUCACACCCUCUUCAACUACGAAACUAAACUGCAGUGUCUGUCGAAUCAUUACGGAAAAUUCAUAGUUAAAAUGAUCGAACACUUGAACGCUUCGAAUACUCGCGACGAAGACAUGGCUGAUUUGGCCGGAAUGAAAGUCGCCUACGACACUUACAUCAGCUGGGUUCAAGAAAACGGAGUCGAACCACGACUUUCCGGAUUAAACUUCUCGCCAAACCAAUUGUUCUGGAUAUCAUCGGCGAUCCAUCACUGUGCUAAACACUCCGACCAAACUUUACAGAGAUACAUUGCUAAUUAUCAGCUGAGCCCCGGACAGUUCCGCGUAAACGGGGCCCUACAAAAUUUAGAUGAGUUCGCAAUGGAUUUCGGAUGUCCAUCCGGAGCCAAUAUGAAUCCCAUGCAAAAGUGCCGGAUUUGGUAGAUGCAUCUUUUAAGACUGGACUAUUAGGGGAAAUUGGGGCGCAAACUGGCUAUAACCGAUAAUGUACUGUAUUGAUUAUUGUAUCACUACGUUACUUUUUACUUUUCUCGGCCAGGGUUUAUAUCUCUUUCCGCACCACUUAAAGCAUUAUAUUUAGUUCUCGUUUUAUAAAUCAUCCCAACUUGA